UUCAGCAGCUGCUUUUCAAGCCUUGCCUAUCAUUAUGACAUCUUUUACAGGGACUGGGCAAUGAUGGCAACACAAUUUUCUGUGCCAAUAACUCGAGAGAUGGUAUGUGUUAAUUUUACCAUAGGACCCGAAGUCGUGCCUUACAUGAGAGAACAAGGUCGUGCUGCCCAUACAUUAGGAUGGAUUAUAACAGUCUUCAUAAUAUUACUGAUGAUCUUCGAAAUCUACAAAAUUACUAGGUUAAGGCUACGGUACUUCAAGACACUGACAAUCAUUUACUGGAUGUGCAUGGUGAUGAGUUUCCUCUUUGUAGGAAAUUACACAUCCUGUUCAUUUGAAACCUAUAUUCGAGAGGACAUCCAGUGGCUGGCUGGUCUCGCAGCCAUCAUCCUGGCGUGGCUCCACCUUCUUGUCCUCGCCUGGAUACACCCACGCAAUCCCUUCGUCUUCAACUUCAAGAGGUUCUUCCGAGCCGUGCUGGCCAUCGUCCCUCCCUUGGCGAUCGUGGGAGUCGCCGUUCACGCCGUGCACGAGAUCGGGUCGAAGGGCAGCCUCACUUACUCGGACAAGUGGCAGGUCUUGGUGAACAGCUUGGUAUCCGUGCCGAUGAUGGCGACGGCGGUGGUCGUGGGCCUGGCCGCCUUCAUAUACCUGGACGCCGUCAGCUCCGGCCCGAGAAAGCGCGACCGCAAUUUAACCGAAGGGAACAUCUGGAUGACCUUGGACUUUGACAUCCUCUACCCUUUCCUGAGGAAGAGGUUCUACGCCAACUGGAUCUGCAAGACGCCAAAGGAGCGCGCUAGGGACAGUUUCAAAAAUCUGUGGAGAAUUUUGGAAUGCAGGAAUGACGAUGACUCCAAGGACUCAUCCUGGAGGGAGUUGAAGGACACUGAAGCGAAGAUGCAAGAAAUGAGCAUCACGCUGAAAAACAUAGAACAAAUGAUGAAGAAGAGAAUAAAUGAAUCCUAGAUGAUGAGAAGGGAAGAAAGAGAAAAGUAUAUUCGUCCUUCUAAACUGUAUAUUUAUGUGCAGUAUUAUUGAAAGUUAGAAGACACACUGGAGCCCUAAGAACAAGGUCCCAUAGCAUAUAAUACAUAUGUGUAUAUUUGAUUCUUUGUUAGGACAUCUCAAGAUUAUGCUGUGAUGUAAGAGUAUGGGGCAUUUAAGCCUUUUCUCUAAACAUCUUAUAUAAUCAGUGAUACGUGAUAAAUGUUGAAGGUGGUACCACAACAUUGCGCCAAUUAUCUGCCAAAUCAGAUCAAUGUUAUGGUUAAAUAAGAGAAACAAAUAUCAAUGAUUCUUUUUGUAUAUGGAGUCUGAUUCAUUCUAUUCUAUUAUAUGCUGUUUUUUCGUGUGUGUAUAAAUACUGUAUACACACACACACAUUCACUCAUACACUCACUCUCUCUCUCUCUCACACACACACACUCACACAAACACUCAUAGAUACAUAUACAGUAUAUGAUUCUCUUUGUUAGAAGGAAUUUUUAAUUAUAAAUGAAUUUGAUCUAUCAGUA